AUGUGCGCCACACUAGCGGACUUGAGAAUCAUCAUGUUGGGGGGUAAACCAAAGGCGCCUAAGAAGCUCUCAGCGACGCAGCAAGCGCUGCUGACGCUGCACAAGAUCCAAGCGCGAGGAUCCUUCUAUGUGGUGAAUGCUUUGCUGCUGCUUCUGGUGUUCUACACGUCACACCGCUUCCCGCACAAGUUUGUGCGUGUUGUGGGAGAUUGCGACUCGAAUUGGCUGCAUGUACAUUCUCCCGAGGGCUCCGAGACCAUCUGCUGCAAUAACGAGGCAGGAGGCUACGAAGACGCUCCGUGUUACACUGGCAUGGACCUCAUGCCCGUGAUGGCCUCUCUUAAAGGAGCGUGGGCCAUCCCAUUGUCCGCACUGGUCUUCAAUUACGGCUCCAUGAUGCUUGGUCCGAACGUGACGAUGCCUCGCGUCCGCGUUUACGUGCGUCGUGGCCUGUUGUAUGUCGCGGUAAUGGCUUUCCGCACGGUGGCUCUGUACAUGGGACUAGGCCUGAUAGAGAAGCGGUUGAUCCACCUCUUUAUGGGCCACUCGGACCAUUCCUGCUGUGGGCCACUACUUAGCAAUAUCAUUGUUCGAAUGGUUCGCAGUUAG